AUCGACUCAUCGACUCAUCGACUCGUCUGCCCUAUCGAUCUCAUCGACUUGGCUGUCCGUCUGAGAACUCGAUCCGUCGCCGGCCUCCAUCAAUUCAAUGGCUGCACCAAUCUUUGACGAGCUCAAGCGUCUCGAGGCCAAAGCCCUUGUCCCGCCUCCAGACUCGGCUGCCGAGCCACCCUUUGAUCUGCUCGAUGUCGGCAACGCCGGCCAGGCGCUCCUCUUCAGAUCGGUUCCUCCGGGAUCUGAUCCGCUCCAGGCUUUGCGUGCCAGUAUUUCCACAGCGCUACCCCACGGCCUGGCCAGCUCCUCGAGCGAUGACUACAAGGCCGAUCUGGAAAGCCGAUAUCUUCGACCCAGAACGACAUUUGCUCACCAGCAACUGGAUCACUGCCAGAGACUCUUUCAGCGCGAUGUCGAUCUUGCGUCGUUGAUCCAACCCGACCUCACUCUGUCGAGGUCCAAGUAUGAUCUGCACAGAUCCAUCUUGACUGGCGACAUCAAUCUCGACGGUUUUACCGAGACGAUAUACUGUGAUUCGAGCUUGACAGCCCAGAACUCCACUUCCAUGAACCGCGCACCUUCGGCGUAUAGCAGUUUUGUUCGAGGCAGCACUUCUCAUAUUCCCUUUACGCCCGGUGGUCUCGACACUCCCCGGUCUGCCAGCGGCAAUGUCGAUGUCGAUGUCGAUGUCGAUGUCGAUGUCGAGGACGGAGUACCAGACCUGUUUGCGGAGCUCAGAGUCGCUCCCCCUGGCCUUGAGCGUGGUCUGCAUUUCGAUGACCAUAUUGCCGGCUCCAAUCAGCUCGACAUCGACGCUAUCGAUAUCCAGGAUAUACUUGGAGCACCUGGACGAGUGGUCCGCGUGUCCAACAAGACCGCUUCAGCUCUGGACGGACAAACCGCAGACGCAGAUCAGAGCGGCUCCCAAUCUCAAGAGGUGGACCAGAUUCUUGGCGAUGAGCUAAACACCAUCAUCAAGGUCGCCCAAGCAAAGACCCUCGAGGCCCAGCGGGAGUGGGCACAUAUCGUAGACAUCAACGAGGGCUUCCCCAACUUUUACGAGCUCGUGCCUGACCUCGCGUAUCCGUUCCCGUUCGAGCUCGAUGUCUUCCAGAAGCAGGCUGUAUAUCAUCUCGAGAAGGGCGACUCGGUGUUUGUCGCAGCCCACACUUCUGCUGGCAAGACUGUGGUGGCCGAGUAUGCGAUAGCCUUGGCCCAGAAGCACAUGACCAAGGCCAUCUACACUUCUCCCAUCAAGGCCUUGUCGAAUCAAAAGUUCCGCGACUUCAAGCGCACCUACGACGACGUGGGCAUCCUCACGGGCGACGUGCAGAUUCGCCCCGAGGCCUCCUGUCUCGUCAUGACCACCGAGAUUCUUAGGAGCAUGCUAUAUCGCGGUGCCGACAUCAUCCGUGAUGUUGAGUUUGUCAUUUUUGAUGAAGUACACUAUGUCAACGACAUUGAGCGCGGCGUGGUUUGGGAGGAAGUCAUCAUCAUGCUUCCAGAUCACAUCACCCUCAUUCUACUGUCAGCCACCGUGCCGAAUACCAAAGAGUUUGCCGACUGGGUUGGGCGCACCAAAAAGAAGAACAUCUAUGUUAUCUCGACACUCAAGCGACCAGUUCCGCUCGAGCAUUACCUCUAUGUCGAGAAGGAGAUCUACAAGAUCGUGGAUUCCCAGAAGAAGUUCCUCUCUGCCGGCUACAAGGCCGCUGGAGAGGCGCUUGCAGGACCCGUCAAAAUCCCAGUCGUCAAAAUGGAUCCACGCGCAGCCGCCCGCGGGGGUUCAGUUUCCGAACGAGGCGGACCCGGUGGUCGUGGCGGAGCCAAUCGCGGAGGCUCCAGUGCCCGCGGCAACAGGGGGCGUGGUGGAUCGUCUGGAGGCCGUGGCGGGCACCAAGGACAGUACCAUCAGGGCCCGAACGCCAAUGUGUCGAGUGACAAGAACACGUACAUCCAACUCAUCUCGAUGCUGAAGAAGAAGACGUAUCUGCCUGCCAUCAUCUUCACCUUCUCCAAGAAAAAGUGUGAGGAGUACGCAGCCGGUCUGAACAACGUUGACCUGACCACUGGUGCAGCUGAAAAGUCCGAGAUCCAUCUAAUGAUCGAAAAGAGCUUGACGAGACUCAAAGGAACCGACAAAGAGCUCCCACAGAUCCUCCGUGUGCGCGAUCUGCUCUCGCGCGGCAUUGCUGUCCAUCACAGCGGUCUUCUCCCGAUUUUAAAGGAGGUUGUCGAGAUUCUGUUCACCAAAGGGUUGGUCAAGAUCCUGUUUGCCACAGAGACAUUUGCAAUGGGUGUCAAUGCUCCUGCUCGCGCCGUUGUGUUCUCCGGGAUUCGCAAGCAUGACGGGCAGUCCUUCAGAAAUCUGCUGCCGGGCGAAUACACCCAGAUGUCGGGCCGUGCCGGUCGACGUGGUUUGGAUGAUACAGGCGUGGUCAUCCUCCUUGCCAAUGACGAACUCCCCGAGCAAGGUAUCCUCACCCAAAUGCUCCUCGGAACCCCGACCAAGCUUGCAUCCCAGUUCCGACUGACCUACAACAUGAUCCUUAGUCUCUUGCGAGUUGAGGCCCUGAGGAUCGAAGACAUGAUCAAGCGCUCGUUUUCCGAAAACAGCACCCAAAAGAUGCUGCCGGACCAGCAGCGCCAGCAUGAGGAGACGGCACUUGCCCUCAAGUCCUCCAAGAAGCUGAGCUGCUCCGUUUGCGAUCCAGAUAUAUCAAAGUAUUACGACCUCUCCUACAGAAUCCUGCUCCUGACGUACUCUCUCCGUGAAAAGAUACACGGCUCUCCGUACGGCGCCCGAGCGCUGACCACCGGUCGAGUCGUCGUGGUGGACAACAGCUUCUACCGUGGUGCUCUGGCCGUGGUGCUGCGCUCCGGUGCUCUUGUCCCCAACGGACGGACCAACGACAAGACCUACACCGUCGCCAUCAUAUCCGAGAAGCGAAGCGGUGCUGGUUUUGCUAGCGAAGAGGCUGCACCGCUUCCGCUGACCAAGAUAAGCGUCCCGAGCGCCAGCGCUCUUGCGACUGAGAUCAUAUCGGUCUCGUACACUGAGAUCCUGUUGAUCAGCACCAUGCAGAUCAAGGUCGACGCAAAUGAGCUCCUUGAGCACCAGGACCCAGCCGAGAUCGCACUUACAGGGCAAAAGCUGCUCAAGGUUGCCGAGAUCACCUCGGAAGGCACCGGGCUCGUUGAACACGACUGGAGCAAGAUUCGCGAUCUGGAGUUCCAGGAGCAGCUCCGAGAAAAGAAUGGGCUUGUCAAGCAGCUUCAGACGUUCCGAUGCACAGCCUGCCCCAGCCUCAGCGAACAUUAUGCCAUCGUCCAUGUCCAAAAGUCGCUGCAGCGCAAGGUCUCCGAGCUGGCGUACAACAUGUCCGAGCAAAACUUGGAUUUGCUUCCGGACUACCACCAGCGCCUCGAGGUCCUCAAGGUCCUUAACUUUGUCGACGAGAACUCGACGGUCCAGCUCAAGGGCCGUGUGGCGUGCGAGAUCAACACGGCCGACGAGCUCCUGUUGACCGAAUUGAUCUUCGAGAACGUCCUUGCUGAAUACGAGCCGGCCGAGAUCGUCGCACUGCUGUCGUGCUUUGUCUUCCAAGAAAAGUCCCAGAGCGAACCGGUGCUGACGCCGCGCCUGGAAGAGGGCGUGGCCAAGAUCCAGGCGAUGGCCAUGCGGGUCGGCGAGAUUCAGUUCCAGAGCGGGCUGCAGAUUCGCGGCGAAGACGUCGUGGGCAGUCUCAAGUUUGGCCUUGUCGAGGUUGUGUACGAGUGGGCCAUGGGCAUGUCCUUCAAGCAGAUCACCGACCUCACAGAUGUGCUCGAAGGCUCGAUUGUCCGCUGUAUUGUGCGCCUUGACGAAACGUGCCGCGAAGUCCGCGGGGCUGCCCGACUCAUCGGCGACGCUGGGCUCUUCCACAAGAUGGAAGCGGCGUCGGAACUGAUCAAGCGCGAUAUUGUAUUUGCUGCCAGUUUGUAUUUCUGA